GGCUACCAGGGCACGCUUCGGCGGUGCUCGCGCUCGAGGCGAGAACGCCGAGUUGCGCGCAGACCUCAACAGCCAGUACCGCGACCAGCGCAAGGAGGCCAUCAAGCGCGUCAUCGCCUCGAUGACGGUCGGCAAGGACGUCUCGGGCCUCUUUCCCGAUGUCCUCAAGAACAUGCAGACCGACGACCUCGAGCAGAAGAAGCUCGUCUACCUGUACCUCAUGAACUUUGCCAAGACGCAACCCGAUCUCGUCAUCCUCGCCGUCAACACCUUUGUCAAGGACACCGAGGACCCGAACCCGCUCAUCCGCGCCCUCUCGAUCCGCACCAUGGGCUGCCUGCGCGCCGAGAAGAUCCUCGACUACAUCGCCGACCCGCUGCGCAAGUGCCUCCGCGACGAGAACCCGUACGUCCGCAAGACGGCCGCGCUUGGCGUCAUGAAGCUGUACGACAUGAAGCCCAGCCUCGCCAUCGACAACGGCUUCAUCGAGAUGCUCCAGGAGAUGGUGACCGACAGCAACCCCAUGGUCGUCGCCAACGCCGUCGUCGCCCUCACCGAGAUCCAGGAGGCGGCCGAGGACUCGCCCAUCUUCAUCCUCGACUCGCAGGUCAUCUCGCGACUGCUCAUCGCCCUCGGCGAGUGCACCGAGUGGGGCCGAAUAGCCAUUCUGGGUGCCGUCGCCAAGUACGAGGCCGAGGACGAGAAGGAGUCGGAGCACAUCUGCGAGAGGGUCAUCCCGCAGUUCCAGCACGCCAACGGCAGCGUCGUGCUCGCCGCCAUCAAGGUCAUUAUGAUCCACAUGAACGGCAUCCGCCGCGACGAGUUGGUCCAGACGAUCCUGCGCAAGAUGGCACCUCCGCUCGUCACGCUCGUCUCGUCGGCGCCCGAGGUCCAGUGGGUCGCGCUGCGCAACAUCAACCUGAUCCUGCAGCGUCGCCCUGGCGCCCUCUCGAACGAGAUGCGCGUCUUCUUCUGCAAGUACAACGACCCGCCCUACGUCAAGGUCGAGAAGCUCGAGAUCAUGAUCAAGCUCGUCACCGAGAAGAACGUCGACACGUUCCUCAGCGAGCUCAAGGAGUACGCGUCCGAGGUCGACGUCGACUUUGUGCGCAAGUCGAUCCGGGCCAUCGGCCAGUGCGCCGUCAAGAUCGAGGAGGCGGCCGAGCGCUGCGUCAACGUCCUGCUCGACCUCAUCGCGACCCGGGUCAGCUACGUCGUGCAGGAGUCGAUCGUCGUCAUCAAGGACAUCUUCCGCCGGUACCCGCAUCGCUACGAGGGCAUCAUUCCGACGCUGUGCGCCUCGCUCGACGAGCUCGACGAGCCCGAGGCCAAGGCGUCGCUCAUCUGGAUCCUCGGCGAGUACGCCGACAAGAUCAGCAACGCGUCCGACCUCAUCGGCUCGUUCCUCGACACGUACGCCGACGAGCCCGUCCAGGUGCAGCUCCAGACCUUGACGGCCGUCGUCAAGCUCUUCCUCCACCGCCCGGAAGAGGCGCAGCAGCUUGUUCAGCGCGUCCUCGCCCUCGCGACCAAGACGGCCGACUCGGCCGACCUGCGCGACCGGGCCUACAUCCAGUGGCGCCUCCUCUCGAGCGACGUCGAGGUCGCAAAGUCGGUCAUCCUCGCGACGCGCCCGCCCAUCUCGCUCCCGACCACGUCGGUCCCGCCGGCGCUCCUCGAGGAGCUCAUCAGCGAGCUCGGCGCCCUGAGCGCCGUGUACCACAAGCCCGUGCAGGCGUUUGUCGCCGGCGGCAAGCUCGGCGCCGACCAGAUCAACGCGAGCAGGGAGAAGGGCGACGCAGAGAGGCGGGACGCGGCGGUCAAGACGGUGCAACAGGGGCAGAAGGCCGAGAAUCUCCUCGACUUUGACGACGACGAACCCGCAGGCGAGGGCGCCGGACUCGCAGGAGGCGCAUCCGCCGACCUGUUCGCGCCGCCGUCCGGCUCAAACGCGAGCUCGAACCCUCUCGACGACCUCCUCGGCCUGUUCGGCGCACCUCCCGCCGGCGCACCUGCAGGGCCCUCGCCCGGCGCCGCCCACUUCUCGUUCGACUCGCCCGCACCCGCAUCGGCCCCGGCACCAACAGCGCCGCUCGCGCCGGCCGUGCCGGUCGUGCACACGAACGGCGGCGGCGCAUCGGGAGGGAAGACCGACCUCGAUGACUUGCUGUUCUGAGCGGUGGGAGGAGCUUGAGGAGGGGGAGGGCGAGGAGCGAGGGAGGCUGUAACGCUGUGCAUGUGCCUUAGAGUG